AUGGGCGUCAAGGGAUUCGUCGAGGGCGGCAUCGCCUCCAUCGUCGCCGGCUGCUCCACCCACCCGCUCGACCUCAUCAAGGUCCGGAUGCAGCUGCAGGGGGAGUCGUCCGCGGCGGCGGCGGCCGUCCCGCAGCCCGCGCUCCGCCCGGCGCUCGCCUUCCAGGCCGGGGCGCACACCGUGACGCUCCCGCACGCGCCGACGCCGGUGCCGAAGCCCGGCCCCAUAGGCAUCUGCACGCAGAUCCUGCGCGCCGAGGGCGCCGCCGGCCUCUUCUCCGGGAUCUCGGCCACCAUGCUGCGCCAGACGCUCUACUCCACCACGCGGAUGGGGCUCUACGACAUCCUCAAGAAACGCUGGACCCAGGAGAACGCCGGCGUGCUGCCGCUGCACCGCAAGAUCGCCGCCGGCCUCAUCGCCGGCGGCGUCGGCGCGGCCGUCGGCAACCCGGCCGACCUGGCCAUGGUGCGGAUGCAGGCCGACGGCCGCCUCCCGCUGGCCGACCGCCGGAACUACCGCAGCGUGGGCGACGCCAUCGCCCGGAUGACGCGGGACGAGGGCGUGCGCAGCCUCUGGCGCGGCUCGGCGCUCACGGUCAACCGCGCCAUGAUUGUCACCGCGUCGCAGCUGGCGACCUACGACCAGGCCAAGGAGGCCAUCCUGGCCCGCCGCGGCCCGGCCGCCGACGGGCUGGGCACGCACGUGGCCGCCAGCUUCGCCGCGGGCAUCGUGGCCGCGGCCGCGUCCAACCCCGUCGACGUGGUCAAAACCAGAGUGAUGAACAUGAAGGUGGCGCCGGGCGCGCCCCCGCCGUACGCCGGGGCCCUGGACUGCGCGCUCAAGACGGUGCGGUCGGAGGGCGUGAUGGCGCUCUACAAGGGGUUCAUCCCCACGGUGUCGCGCCAGGGGCCCUUCACCGUCGUGCUCUUCGUCACCCUCGAGCAGGUGCGCAAGGUCUUCAAGGACGUCGAGUUCUAA